AUGUCAGAAGAUGUUAGAAAAUAUAAAGCUUUCCCUUUGUGGGUCACACUGUUCUUAUUUGAGGCGUCAUUAGGGGUCUCCACACUAGAUGAUGAGAGAUCAGAGCAGUGGCACAGUAAAGUUUGCAAAUGUGAUUGUCAAGGAAGUCCUGAUGGCGAAUGGUCCCGUGAAGGCAGUCUCUUAGAGUGUAUCCCAGAGUGUCCCUAUCACAGACCCCUUGGAUUUGAGUCAGGAGCUGUUACUCCAGACCAGAUAAGCUGCUCUAAUCCAGAGCAGUACACCGGAUGGUAUUCUUCUUGGGUUGCCAACAAGGCCCGACUCAAUGGCCAAGGCUUUGGGUGUGCCUGGCUCUCCAAAUUUCAAGACAAUAGCCAGUGGCUGCAGAUUGACUUGAAGGAGAUCAAAGUUAUUUCAGGGAUACUCACACAAGGACGCUGUGAUGCAGAUGAAUGGAUGACAAAAUACAGCGUGCAGUACAGGACUAAUGAGAAUCUGAAUUGGGUUUACUACAAGGACCAGACCGGAAACAAUCGGGUUUUCUAUGGGAACUCAGAUAGAUCGUCCACUGUCCAGAACUUCCUGCGCCCUCCCAUUGUCUCACGCUACAUUCGACUCAUACCGCUGGGCUGGCAUGUGCGUAUCGCCAUCCGGAUGGAGCUGCUUGAGUGCAUGAGUAAAUGUGCAUGAUGCCAAACCA